AUGCAUGAAGCUUUAUGUAACUGCAGACCCUACAACUGCCUAUACGCUGGAUCUGAAUGUUCAGUCACCGAAGACAUUCCUUUUCUGGUGUUCCAUUGUUUUGGGCAGUACUUCUGUCUUCACUUUGAGGCGUUUCAGCUAGGGAUGUCACCUGUUUACAUGGCGUUUCUUCGAUUUAUGGUGGAUGAAGCAGAUGCAAGGAAUUACAGCUACAGUUUAGAGGUUGGAGCCAACGGGAGGAAACUGAUUUGGGAAGGAACACUGAGGAGUAUCAGAGAUAGCCAUAGGAAGGUAAGAGAUAGUCAUGAUGGGUUGAUUAUACAGAGAAGAUAG